AUGGAUAUUAGGAGAUUCGAUAUCUACCGUAAAAUCCCGAAAGACCUGACGCAACCGACAACUGCUGGUGCUGUAAUUUCGAUAAUAUGCGUCGGGUUUAUCACUUUUAUGCUCUUCAACGACUUGAUGGCUUAUAUUCGGAUCGAUGUAAAAGAUGAAAUUAUCGUCGAUGACCCGGGAAGAGAGGGGAAAAUUGAUGUCCGGAUAAACGUCUCGUUUCCGUAUAUGGAAUGUAAAUAUCUGGGAGUCGAUAUUCAAGACGAAAACGGCCGGCACGAAGUCGGCUUUGUCGACCACACGCAGAGGAUUCCCAUUGACAAUGGCCGAGGCUGCCUUUUCCAAAGUCAAUUUGAAAUUAAUAAGGUCCCCGGAAAUUUCCACCUCUCCACUCAUUCGGCCGCCUCGCAGCCGGAAAACCCAGAUGUCCGGCAUGUGAUACAUUCAUUGACGUUUGGAGAUGAUAUUUCAGAAAUGGCUCUCACUGGGUCCUACGACCCGUUGGCAAAGAAAGACGUGAGCGUAGGUGUGGAUGGGCUGAACACACAUGAAUAUAUUCUCAAGAUUGUCCCCUCCGUCUACCAAGACAUCUCUGGAGACGUCGCAAACAGCUACCAAUACACCUAUGGACACCGUAACUUCCUCCAAUACCACCACACGGGCCAGGUAAUCCCGGCCGUCUGGUUCAAAUACGAACUGCAACCAAUUACGGUCCGCCAUGUGGAAUAUCGACAAAGUUUUUACACGUUUUUGACAUCAGUAUGCGCCGUAGUUGGUGGAACUUUUACCGUCGCCGGAAUCAUCGACUCCACCUUCUUCACCAUCCACGAAAUGAUCAAAAAGCAGCAGCUGGGCAAAUUGACA